AAGUAAAAACUCCAACAGAACAGCCCAAGGCCAAGGCGAAGCCAAGAGAGAGAGAAAAUAGCUCAAAUCAGCGGCCAACUCACCUAACCCUUCUUUUCCUUUUUCUGCUUGAUUUCAGCUGAGAUUUCGUUUCGAUAAUCCAAGAUUUUCCAAUGGCUCAAGCCAUGAGGAGGUACUAUGUGGUAGGAGAUUAUAUGGUCGGGAAGCAAAUCGGGGCUGGCUCAUUCUCGACGGUGUGGCAUGCGCGCCACCGCGUCCACGGCACAGAAGUUGCGAUUAAGGAAAUCGUCACCACUCGAUUGAAUCCCAAGUUGCAGGAGAGCCUCAAGUCUGAGAUUUUUAUUCUUAAGAGAAUCAAUCACCCUAAUAUUAUCCGCUUGCACGACAUGAUCGAGGAACCUGGAAAGAUAUACAUUGUUCUGGAGUACUGCAAAGGCGGUGACCUUUCAAUGUAUAUUCAACAACGGCAAGGAAAAAUCCCUGAAGCAACUGCAAAGCACUUUAUGCAGCAAUUAGCGGAGGGUCUCAAAGUUCUUCGUGAAAACAACCUUAUACACCGAGAUUUGAAGCCCCAGAAUCUACUCCUUUCUGCAAAUAAUGAUAACAGCGUCCUGAAGAUUGCUGACUUUGGCUUUGCAAGAUCAUUACAACCUAGAGGGCUUGCGGAAACCUUAUGUGGUUCACCAUUGUACAUGGCUCCAGAAAUAAUGCAGCUCCAGAAGUAUGAUGCGAAGGCAGAUCUCUGGAGCGUUGGCGCAAUUCUUUUUCAACUUGUCACUGGGAAAACCCCAUUUACAGGAAGUAAUCAGAUACAGCUUCUACAAAAUAUCAUGAAGUCAGUUGAGUUGCAAUUUCCACCAGAGGCGAAGGAUUUGAGUCCUCACUGCCUAGAUUUGUGUAGGAAACUGCUGCGUCGCAAUCCAGUCGAGCGGUUGACAUUUGAAGAAUUCUUCAACCAUCCAUAUAUUUCUGACAGACAGCCAGAGGAAUCGUACAGGCAGAUAAGGAAUAGGCAACCACAAAGAGUAUCAAAUGAUUUCCCAUUUUCUGAGAGGAAUGCAGAAGAAAGUCCCCAGGAAGAUUGCUUACCAUUUAGUCUAGAUUACGAUUCCAGCGGACCUGAUGGCAGUCCAUCAUUUCGGAGGAGGUCCACCAUGAGAUCCAUGCAUGGAUUUUCUCUGGACUCAAAACCUGAUAGGAGGGAUAUUUUUAAUCUUGCAAACAGACCAGAUUCUUCAAAGUAUAGUAGCAUCCCAUGUAAAACAGAAAUUAUCGGGUCAGGUCUUGGCAGCCGCCAACUUUCAGAAGGAAACCUGAAAGAAUCUCUUAAAACCACAGGCCUCGGAUCACCAGAUAGGCGUCCAAAAGUUGUGGAUUCUCUGGAGUCGAUCGACCAGGAUUAUGUAAUUGUGUCAGGUCCUCCACUAGACAUAUCUUCUUCAACACGUGCAUCUAAGCCAAGCCAGUUUCCCCCUAAAAUUGGUAGUCCGCCUGUUGACUCUAGAAAUACAAAUGCAACAAGUGAUCCCGUGCCAAUAAUUGGAGGAGCAUCUGGUAGGGUUUGUUACACUGGGAAUGUGGAGAGUCGCUUAUCUACCCCUAGGACGUCACAAGGGUCAAUGGAUGUAGCUAACACAUUCGAGCAGCCAUCAACUGACUGCAUGAUGCGGAUCAAGUCACUGCAGCAUUGUGCAUCUUCUAUUACUGAAUUAGUGAAUGAAAAGAUGGAGGGAGAAAAGCAACUAGAAGCAUUUUCAUUGCAGCUUGUCAUUCUUGCUAUAUGGAAGCAAGCGUUGGAUAUUUGUCAUACACAUGCUGCAUCAGCUAUUGAAGGAAGCUCAAGCCUAGAGACUACAAGAUCGAGAGAAGUCUCUAAGGUUCAACAGAGUCCAGAUGACCAAGAGUGUCACAGUAUUGACAACACUCAGGGGCCACAGCAUGUCUGUUCAGAGAUAGAGAGAGCAUUUCUUCAUGAAGUUGGGAACGCUGAGGAACUUGCUAAAGUGAUAGAACCAGGUAACAUGGAGAUGCCAGAUGCAAUGGAGCUGAUAUAUCAGUCUGCCCUUGCAUUGGGCAGACGUGGAGCGGUUGAGGAAUACAUGGGUGAUAUUGAAAAUGCUGUGCUUUCAUAUUCAAAAGCAGUGCGUUUAUUACGAUUUAUUCUAGUGGAAGCACCAUCUCUUAUUCUGAAUCCUCCAUUUUCCCUCACAAACUCAGACCGAUAUCGCAUUAAGAAUUACAUUGAUGUCCUCAGUAACAGGCAAAGCAUUUCGCAGUCUCAAAGAAUGGCACUAUUCAAGGUUGAGGAUCGACCGUGUGUUUCAUGAAAAUGGUGAUGGUACAUGAUGCUUCAUUGUGUAAAAUUUGUGUACAGUGAUUCUUGGUUGGGAAUGAAUAAUAUUUCUUUCUGUUUUUUCUCCUUCAUUGUGGGCAUGGGGGCGUGUUAAUCUUCAAAUGUAAUUAAAGAUCAGAUGUUAAUAUUAAUUCCAUAGCUAUAAUGAUUUGUCCAAUCCAAGUGACGAAUCUUGUAAACAAAUGAUUCCUAUGUUUCGACUUUCUGCUGUAAUUUUAUACAUAAUCUACCAAGAA